GCUACUAGGGGUGGAGAGUUGACAAUAUAAAGGAGAAAGCUGUCCUCCCCCUGCACUGGUGACCAUUGCAAGAGCCCAACACCACCCUGCAGAAGGCCUAGAUGAGGAAACCGAGAUUCCCAAAAGAGAUACCAACUUGCCCAGGCUCAGCUCCAACAUGCAGAUUCCUGCCAUGCUGUGUCUGCUACUUGUUGUGUCUGUGGGCCUCAUGGAUGCCCUUCAGGGUGACAGGGGUCCAUCAUCUCUCCCUCAUGUCCAAAGGCACUCUCUCACACGACGAGACAUCUUCUCUCAAGAAACACCCCUGGACAUGGCCCUGGCCUCCUUUGAUGAUCAAUAUGUGGGCUGUGCAGCAGCCAUGACAACUGCCCUCCCAGAACUUAACCACACUGAGUUCCAAGCCAACAAAGUCUACGCGGAAGGCUGGGCGCUGGCCAACAGCCAGUGGCAGGAGCGCCAGGCCUGGGGUCCAGCAUGGGGCCUGAGUACUACCCGGCCACCCCCACCGCCUCCUGGUUUCCGGGAUGUGCAUGGGGUGGCACUCCUGGCCUACACUUCCAACAGCCCCCUGCACAAGGAGUUCAAUGCAGCCGUGCGGGAGGCAGGCCGCUCCCGGGCCCAUUACCUCCAGCACUUCUCCUUCAAGACGCUCCAUUUCCUGCUCACAGAGGCCCUGCAGCUGCUGGCCACAGGCCAGCGUCCACCCCGGUGCCACCAGGUGUACCGAGGGGUACGUGGCAUGCGUUUUCGACCUGCAGGGCCUGGGGCCACAGUAAGGCUUGGAGGCUUCGCCUCUGCUUCCCUGCAGAAUGUCGCAGCGCAGCAGUUUGGAGAGGACACCUUCUUUGGCAUCUGGACCUGUCUAGGAGCUCCUAUCAGAGGCUACUCCUUCUUCCCUGGAGAGGAAGAGGUGCUGAUCCCCCCCUUUGAAACCUUCCAGGUGAUAAAUGCCAGCCGACCCGCCCAGGGCCCUGCUCGCAUCUACCUCCGGGCCCUGGGCAAGCGCAGCAUGUACAACUGUGAGUACAUCAAAGACAAGAAGUGCAAAUCUGGGCCCUGCCGACUGGAUAGCUCAGCCGUGCAUCAGGGCUCCCUCUCGGCAGUCUGGUCCCUGCUGCUGUUUCUGUGGUUCCUGGAGGCCCUGCCAGCAAGUCCAGUCCUGCUCUGAUCUGUCAGACACCAAGCAGCCCCACCUGAGCCUCUGCCAGCCGGCGGGUAUGGGCCAUAUGUGUGCUCUAAGCACACUCGUGCUUCCUGGUAAAGCCAUCUGCAGCCGCCAGACCUCGGGUGGAGACACAGGAGAGAAUCUAGGGACUAAACCUUGGGCACUAGAAGUGGGGCUCUUGCUGGAGGUGAGAGGACUCCAGGACAGACAGCCAUUCACCUGAAGGCAGAAGAGACCUCAUCUUACUGGAAGAGUGGACGGGUGGAAAGCACUUGGCCAUGGAACUUGUGUGAUUCAAAUGCCUCAUUUGCCUAUCUGGACAGCUCCCAAUCACUCCUCAGAAAGCCACCUCUGGCCUUCGACACUGGCUGGGUUAAGGAUCCCUGCCUCAGUGUUCCCAUGGGUCUCAGUCCCUAGGUCCUGAGAACAGAGACCAGGUCUGAAGCACAGAGAUAGCAUAGCAACUGAGUGAGUCAGAAACGAACCAAUGCUUGACAAUAACUGAUGCCAACAAUGGCCCUACUUUGACACGUUC